AUGUCUACAAACAUCCAAGCAAACAGAACGUAUUGGAGCCAGUUGGGAAAGUCUCAGAUUGAGAAGACUUUGGCGAGAGAAGAGAUUAGGAAUCGUGCCAAGUUCGUGAUUCUCUUCCUCGGAGAUGGAAUGGGCGUCAGCACGGUGACCGCUGCUAGAAUUUACAAGGGUCAAUUUAAGAAUCAAAGUGGCGAGGAGACUGUGCUUUCAUGGGAAGAAUUUCCGUACGUGUCACUGUCAAAGACCUAUGGUCUGGAUGCGCAGACCUCUGAUUCAGCAAACUCUGCUACAGCCUACCUGUGUGGAGUUAAGGCCAAUAUUGGUACUGUUGGAGUGGACUCCACUGUCAAGGGUGGCGAGUGUCACAACGACAGCACAGCAUACGUAGACAGCAUUAUGCAGUGGGCUCAAGAUGCCGGCAUGUGGACGGGCCUUGUAACUACAUCGACAGUCACUGAUGCCUCUCCAGCGGCUGCCUACGCUCACUCAGGCUUCCGUGAGUGGCAGCAUUUUGUUCCGAAAGACUGCAAUGCGUCGGAUAUUGCAAAGCAACUGAUAUAUAACUCACCUGGCAGAGACAUGAGGGUAAUUCUGCUCACGAAGCAUGCCGAUCCAGACUGGCGACACAGCGACGUCAAGGGCUUCGUGGCGAGUGAAUAUAAGAUGUUUAAACUCCCAGGCGUGGAGCCUAUGGGUUGGCAAGGAAUCAUGCCAGUGACUGUUGAGAAGUGGAAGAGCUAUCUGGACCAUGUUUCCGAACAGAAACACAUCAUCGACGAUGUUGUUGACUAUGGUCUGGCUGCAGUAGUCCACCCGGAGGACGAAAAAUUGAGCAGCGCGGAUUCGAGUUGUGAUGAAGACGAUGAGAUGUGCACCCCUCUAACGGACUAA